UUUGUCACUGUGUUCGCCCGUUCGUGCAAUGACCUGUCCGCCGUGCGAUAAAAUCCAUUGCUCGCCCAAAAGCGCUGCCAAACUGGACUGUCAGGGCGGAGUGACGACGGGUGUGUGUGAUUGUUGCCCAGCAUGUGCACGUGUGUCGGGCGAGCGUUGUGGGGGUUACUAUUAUUAUCUUGGAAAAUGUGAUAAAGGGCUGUACUGUGAACCCACGGAUAAAAGCAAGAAGGGUCGAAACACGCGGAGUCACAAAUCUCGCCAACCCGAAGGCAUCUGUACAAAAGUACCAUCGCAGGUGAAGGACCAACCGCCGGAGCAGCGGGUCCAGUGUCGCCACAAGUGUACCCCCGAGUUUUGUACCAAACACCCUCGGGCAAUCUGCUCAGCAAUAGACGUUGCGGAAUUCCUACAACCGUGCCAUGCUCAUUGCCAGCACACGUCAUGUAGCGCGUGCCGCUUCGUGGACAAACCGGACUGCCGAAAGUGUACAAAAGACGACUUCCGGUGCUUGCACAAGUUCGGGAAAUGUAUGAGAAAAGAAACGUGUUCCAGAAAAAAAUUCCCGUGCAAAGAAAAAUAUUUUUCGUUCUGGAAGAAGCAGAAGGGCAAAUUCCAGUGUUUUGUGCCGAGCUGUUGAUUGCCACGUACAUAAAAACAGUCCACAAAUCGGCUAUGAAAUAGACGGACGUACGGACGGACGGGCAUUUAGAUGAAACUGAACCAGUCUAUGCAGAGACAGUCGUGUUUGGGCGUAUGCUGAUUGCAACUGAAACAGUGAUAAGGUUCUAUGCAUCGUCCUCCGAAAUAACCAAGAAAACACUUACCAUUGCUGUAUUAUGCAAUAUAAGUACGCAUAUUCCAUAAACAAAAUAUGGAAACAAUAGCUCGGUAUGACCGUUCAAUUAUUAUUUAGCUAACCUGAGCACAGAGUGCUAAUGUUAACCUUUUUUAAUGCACUUUGGCUGUCGUGCAUUCUUUGUAAGCAGCCACAAUGUAUGUACUAAUCAUCAAUAAAAUGUAUCAUGCUUUAACCAGGUUUUCAACGAAAACCAGGUUACUAGAAAUAGGAUG